AUGUCGCAUAAUGUCAACCCGUAUUCUACUUCGUUUUACAAUAAUCUUGGGUGCAACCCGACCGAGGGUAUAAAUAGUGCCAACAAUCUUUUGUUAUUGCAACAAUGGCAAGCUGCUCAAAUGUUGCAACACGCAGUAACCGCGACAACACCACCACCACCACCACUACAACAGCAACCGAUUCCCGUUGACGACGAAGUGGAAAAUGAAAGAGCGGGAACUAGUGUCGCUUCUACCACUCAUGUAGAAGAGGAAAUCGCGAAACCAUCAAAGCGGUUGACGACAAAAGGCAAGGAAGUGGCAGAAAAGAAGAAGUGGAGCGAAAACGAAUGUGUGAUAUUGACUAGGAGUUGGGUGCAUGCUACCGAGGAUGCCAUCAAAGGGAAUGGGCAAACAGAAAACGUGUUUUGGACAACAAUUGAGAGAUUGUUUAACACCGCAUCAAAAGAAGGUUACCGUAACAUAAGUCAACUUCAUGGCAAAUGGAACAAAAUCAAAGCCGGUUGUAAGAAUUUCGGCACCGUGUUUAAAAGGUUUAGUGACGAAGGACGUCAAAGCGGGGCGGACGAGAAACAUAUUUAUGAUGUCGUCCAUGAACAAUACAAGCGGGAGUAUGGGCCGAGUAGAUUUGCGUUUGAGAAGUGUUGGGAAAUCCUAAAAGGUUUUCCAACAUUUUGGAAUGACCACGGGACACAAAAGCAAGCGACGUGGGUGGAUUUGGGUGACGACGGUGAGCCGGGGACACAAAACCCGGCUGUUGACAACUUGUUUGGAGAUGACCCCAUUAAGAGACCAUUGGGGCGUAAUGUUAGCAGAAAGUUAUCCCAAAGUUCUGAUGCAGGUUCUAGUAGAUCAUCCACCGGGUCAGAGGCGCUACUGAAGCUCGACGAGAUGCUCAAGUUACAGAGGGAUGUGCUACAGAAAUCAGAGGAAGAUCGAAAGAAGUUUGAAGAGGAUCGGAAGGCAAGGAAAGCUUCUCGUCGCAGGAAGGAAGUUAUGGAUGUGUUUAACUUUCUUCAGAACCCGGUACCCAGAGAUAUGCCUAGGUAG